UUCCGGUGAGCGUCGUCUCGGCUCCCGGUCAGCCCAGCCGACGGACGAUGGGGACUCCGGGCGCCCGGCGCGGCCUAGAGUGGUUGCUGGGCUUCUACUUCCUCUCCCACAUCCCCAUCACCCUGCUCAUGGACCUGCAGGGGCUUCUGCCACGCGAUCUCUACCCCGUCGAGCUGAGAAACCUGCAGCAGUGGUAUAUCAAGGAGUUCAAAGACCCUCUGCUCCAGAACCCCCCGGUGUGGUUCACGUCCUUCCUGUUCUGCGAGCUUGUGUUUCAGCUGCCUUUCUUUCCCAUUGCAGCAUAUGCCUUCUUCAAAGGAGGCUGCAAGUGGAUCCGCAUCCCUGCCAUCAUCUACUCGGUUCACACCAUGACAACUCUGAUUCCCAUCCUCUCCACGGUGCUACUCGACGAUUUCUCCAAAGCCAGUCGUUUCAGAGGACAAGGACCUAAGACUUUCCAGGAACGACUAUUCCUGAUAUCUGUCUAUAUCCCCUACUUUCUCAUCCCUCUUAUACUUCUGCUUUUCAUGGUGCGGAACCCCUACUACAAGUCUGAGGAGAAAAGAAAGAAAAAAUGAAAGAAAUGCCCCCAGGUCCAGGGGAGAGGUGACCACUGGGCAGUUUCCUGUUGGACCCAGUACCAGGAACAGUGCUCAGAACCCAUGUUUUCAGUAGAAUCUGAACCAUACCAGCAGCAACACACAUGAGCAAGACCCUGGCAGGAGACACACCAAACCCUCACCUUCCAAGGGCUUUGACACAGACUGACUGAUAACCUGAGGACGGGCAGAGGGGUGUGGGCUAGGUGAUAGGAAGUGGUACCAAAGGUCUCCUCAGCGUGUCCCCAGGUGCCACUGCAGGAUUACUCAAAGCAGAACCAGACCAGAAAUAAGAUAAACUUCCAAGAAACAUGGCCUGCUUGGCAUGUUCGUGAGUCAUUCGACUCACAGGAUACAUGUGACUAAAACUAUGACUCAUGAGUCUCUACAGAAUAUCACUGAUGAGCAAAAUUCAGUCUGAAAUUACACCUCUCUACUAUUCAUUAAAAAUUGUUUCCUUGCCCUUCCCCCUAGGUAGGCGUGAAGUAUUCUGUAAGAGGUUAUAAAUUUAGUUUUAAGAUUCAACCUUGGCAUGACUUUCAGUUGGAAAUGGAUCAAACUGGAAGGUAUAUUGUUUCUGUCCUAAAACCGGUCAUCCCAGGAGAAGAGAAUUUUUAAAGUCUCCUUGUUCAUUCUCUUUCUAAACCUUAGUCUUCCGUUAGUUUUUACAGACCACAUGGGUUCCUUUACUCUGAGGUCUGGUGUCUCAAGCCUGAGCUGGAGGAAUGCUUCCUACUGGAUAACUUCAUCCUACCAAAUAGUUUCAUAAUUCUUUGUCCUGUACCCAGUUGGGGUAGGGGUGGGGGGCUGGCCAUGACAGGUCCAGUGUGUGCAGAUAAGGGCUCUUUAUUUGGUAUCCUAAUAGCUUUAAGUUCAUACUCGAGGCCGACUCAGAAAGACUUGUGAACGCACAGGAAAAACGGUAGAUGCUGGUCCUGGUUAGUUCCCCCUUCUUGCCUAUUUUGCUUACAAGCCCUAAUGAUCUGAUUUUGGGGGAAUAUCAUCUGACUCGUGUGUCUGGUCAAAAUAAAGGUAGCUGCUGA